AUGUGGACCUGGAGAAGUUCUACCGAGAAGGUCUUCUACAAGGUCAUAAUUAGCGAUUUCAACGCCAAAGUUGGCCCAAGAAGAACGCCGGAGGAACUUCACAUCGGGACCCACGGCCUACAAUGGAAUGAACAGGAGGAGAGGCUCUCCGAGUUCAUCAUGACGACAAAGGCCAUCCAUGGGAACUCGCAAUUCCAGAAGCCUCUACGUUGGACGUGGGAGUCACCCGGUGGAGAGUACCGUAAUGAAAUAGACCACAUCAUCAUCAAUAAAAGGUUCUGCCUGACGGACGUCGCUGUUGUGUCAAAGUUCUAUACAAGAUCGGACCAUCGCCUUCUCCGAGGAAGAUUUUGCUUCACAAGGAGAGAAGAGAAAGCCGCCAAGUUCAGAGAGCGAAAUCCCAGAACAAUCAUUAACUGGGAUCUCUUUGCUACGCUAGCCGGCUUUUGGGAAGAUUCCGCAAUGGACAACAUCGACGAGAAAUAUGACCGGCUCGUUGAACACCUUCACGACUGCACGAACAAAGCUGAGAUACUCAUCAACACCCUGGUGAGGCUCUUUACGCGUUACCUGUCGGAAUGCAAGGUUCCUAAACAGUGGAAGACCAGCAAGACCGUGUUGUAUAAAAAGGGAGAUACACAUGAUAUCGGCAACUAUCGUCCAACCUGCUUACUGUCCGUCAUCUACAAGCUCUUUACAAGAGUGAUCCUUAAUAGGAUUGAAAAAGUCUUGGAUGAAGGACAGCCAUGCGAGCAAGCAGGGUUUCGAAAAGGAUUCAGCACGAUUGACCACAUUCACACUGUUUCGAAACUCAUCAAGGUAUCACGAGAGUACAAGAUGCCGAUUUGUCUCACCUUCAUCGACUUGAAGAAGGCCUUCGACUCAGUUGAGACGGAAGCGGUCGUGGAAGCCUUGGACAACCAAGGCGUCCCUACUCAGUACAUAAAGGUACUUCGAGAGUUGUACAGUAAUUUCACUACCGGAAUUUCGCUAUUCUACAAGGAAGGAUGA